GAGGUGAAGCAUGAGCCUUUGCUCCAGUGGUGGUGGGUUGGUGCGGCUCUUGAGCUGCGAACCAACAAAGGUCGUUCGCUUCAGGCUCUUGGCACCUGGUCCUCGGGCUUCGAGGCAAACACUGACGUUUUUACCGCCUCACCGGGCUGCGCCGUGCUUGGACUCCGCCUGCACAACGGACGAUGCCAUGGAAUUGUUGAAGGCCCUGCUCCGGAGGUUGAUGAGCUCGAGCUGAAGCUUUGGGCCGUAUAUUGGCUGGCGGAGGGCAGCGCAGAUGACGAGAUCCAGAGCCGAAACUUUGUAGGUCGGGAGUCCGCUUUUAGCUUCGCCGAGCGAGUCGGUGGAGGCCACGAAAUGGCGUGGCAAUGCGGACCCCUGAGGCUUUCCAUCUCCGACCACCCAUGGCUGGACUGCUUCCGGGACCUGCGAGAGCUGCUACAGCCGGCGAGGCUGGCAGCACUGGAGGCACGCGAGGUCGCAGCACAGAGCGAGUCCUACGUGGAGUUUGCGACAGGGGAGCGCUUCGCAGCAGGCAUCGUCCUUGACUUGGUCAAGACGUCGCGCGUCAAGGCCUGGGGACCUCAUGCUCGUCGCAAGAAGUGUGAGGAGCUGGCAGCCGAACAGGGUCAGUUCAACCUCAAACGCUGGCGCGACAUGUCCGUCUCCUUCGCGGAGAUCAUGCACAGAAUUCAGUCGGUGAAGCCGACACUGGCCCGUCUUGUGGCCAUGAUGGACUUGAGACGGCACCUUUUCAGGACGCUGUUCACAGCAGCCAUUGCAGCGGUCAUGAGCACUUGCGACAGCGUCAAGACGGUGCUGUCCGGUGCGGUGUUCACGCUGAUCAAUGCAAGCCAAGAAGAGGUUAAGAAGGACAGCCAGUACCUGCAUGCCAUUUGCUCCUGGACUUUCGGCUGUGGCUCCCGACUCUCCCUGGCCAAGAGUUUGAUCCUUGGCCUGAUGUUGCUUGCAGUCGUGAAAGGCACCGUCCACGUCGUGUCACAACAUGUGGCCAAGGCUUUCAAGGACUCCUACCGCGUGCAGACUCGAACGGAACUCUUCGAUCAUUUGCUUGCCCAAGACUUGGAAGAGUUCGAAAAGCAGACGGCGCGGGUCAUGGCCCAUAAAGCUUCGCCGGUGGUCAUGGACAGCAUGCCGAACAUGGUGACAAACAUGGUUCGCACGGUUACCGAGCUGCUAACGUCGCUGAUCUUCCUUUACUCGAUUUCGCCGCUGAUGACAUUUAUGUAUGCAACUGCGGUUCCUGCCUUCCAAGUGGCAGCGCAGGCAUACCUUAGAAAGCAAGCGCAGGGCAGCCAGAGACGUGAGCGGGGUCUGGAAAAUGUGGCGAAUCGCGUC